AUGGAGUCCCCUCCGCACAAGGCCACUCAAGCAUGUGGCCCCUGUAAGAAACGAAAGCGGAAAUGCGACAAAUUGCUGCCCAAAUGCAGUCUGUGCGUCCGCAUCAGCCGCGCCUGCCAUUAUACUGAUGCCCCAAAGCCAACCCCAACUGCGGCCGAGUUCGCGGCUCUUCAGGAAAGAUUGACCGAACUGGAGGACCGUCUAAGCAGAUCUUCUGAGCACCCAGGCUCCCUAUCAGCUGCAGUCAGUGUGUCAGGGGCUAGUAGUCUUGCCACUGAAUCCAGCGGAACGACAUGGCCCAGCCGGGGACUAGCCAGCUUCCCGUCGGCAUUGUUUUUGGAUAUCGACUGUUAUAAGUGGUCUAACAUGCAACUACCGAGACCAGCUGUUAGCAUUCCUAUGGAAGUACUCGGCGUCCUCAACCAGCCAAACGCAAUACUUGAAACAUCUGCACUCUACUUCGAUACAAUACAUCCCUGGCUGCCAAUCGUCUCGAAAAAGCGACUGGACCUUGGCAUUUCGCUGCAGAAUAGCGGGCCGGAUCUUCCCAUGCUUUUUCUUGCAAUGAAGCUGACUACCUUCUCCCUACCGGUCGAAAACACAGGGAACAAUCCACUUUAUUUGACUGCUAAGGGCUUCUUGGCAACCUUGGAAGCCAGUGGCGUGGUGUCGCUUGUCUACCUGCAGGCUAUAGUUUUGAUAGCUAUCUUCGAAUACGGUCAUUCCAUCUAUCCUGCUGCAUGGAUGACUGUGGGAGCAUGCGUCCGAUUCGCUGAGCUUCUUGGUCUUUCGCCAGACGACAUGGACGGAAGCGGAGGAGAGAAGACGGGUGUGGUGGGCCGUAUACGUCCUGGAUCGGGUUAUUUCCCUGGGCAGUCGGAGAAGGUUCUCCCUCCCUGA